AUGAACACUUCAAACAAUUCGUUACUGUUAGUGGUUUUCGCGUUAAUGAUUGCUCUCCAAUUAUUGUUAAUCAGUUCCUCCACUGUUCAUUGUCAAAGUGCAACACCAUGUUAUAUGGAAGAAACCUUUAAAUUUUCACAUGCUAACAAUUAUUCGAUUGCAAUGGAAUGUCAAGUAUCUUCUGAAUGCAAUGAACUCAAAAUUACAUUCUCAACCUAUGGAUAUGGUUCUUCCGUGUUUGUUCUAUUAGAUUCUCAAUAUUCUUCCUUUCUUGAAAAUGUGAAAUCCAAUCCACAAUACCUUCCGCCAGAAUUUUUGCAUUCCUUCUACUACUCUGAUACUUCCUACAAGAUUUCCAAAGGUGAUGUCAUCCCCAAGCCAAGAGAUGAAGGUUAUGGCACCAUCAGAGUUCUUGUAAAACGAAAUCCAACCUUACCAACAACCUCAGUAUCCAGUGUUUAUCUUGAAAUGCUAAUCACUCCACAAAAAAACAAUUCCAAAUCGAUUGUGAUUGCUGUUAUGGUUGUUGGAGGAUUGAUUGGAGUGUUGUGUUGUGGAGCAUGUGCCAUUGCAUUCAUUGUGUUUGUGGUUAAAAGAAGAAAAGUUGCUAUGAGCAAUGAACAAAUGACAACACCCAUGGUAUCAGAUGCUUAUCAACAAGUUUAA